AUGUCUGAUUUUAAAGAAGAUAUUUCUAAUUCUGACUUUGACGUCAAUAUUCUUGAUGAUCCAAUCUCGGAACCAAAUGUCGACUUGAAAUUCCCCUUACCAAUUGAUAAAGAGACUUAUGUCGAUGUAGAGGGUAAUUAUAAGACCUUGAGACAAUCGUUUAACCUUUUAAACUCGGCAUUUAGAAUGAUUGUUGGCGGGUCAAAGUAUGACAAAAUCUACCAGAAUAACGAGUACAAAUAUUUCAUUAACAAGCACUCUGACGAGUUUAGACAAAAAUUCAAGGACUACAUGAAUAACAAAUUGGAAAAGGACGACAAGAAGUUGGACGAGAUUGUUUACAGCUUGAUCAACCAGGAACUCAAUAUGAAACUCAUCGAUGCCAAAGAUUUCAAACCAAGAUUUAAUGAAGUCAAGGAGUAUAUGGUGAAAUAUUAUAAGCAAAAUAACGAGAAAAACCUACCAACCUUUCCGUCCCAUAAUUUCAUAAGAUCGGCUUAUAUCACAGUUAUGAUCAUAAUGAGGAGAUUGUUCCCAAAGGGGGUUUGGGUCUCAAAACAAGAUAUUUCAAAUUUGUACAAGAGGUAUCUUGAAGACCCAAUGUCGAUUAUUUGGACUCCUUCGCAUCAGUCUCACUUGGAUUACAUCAUCUUGCAUUUAAUUUGUGUUCGAUUCACAAUUUCAACACCAGCAGUUAUUGCUGGUGAAAAUUUGAAUGUUGCUGUAGUUGGCGGAUUAUUGAAAAAUUUGGGUGCCAUAUUUAUUCCAAGAUCAUUCAACAAUGAGUUGUACACCGAGCGUAAUUUGAACAAUGUUAUUGAAUUCAUUUUGAUCAACAAGAUCCCAUUUGAAGUGUUUAUCGAAGGUACAAGAUCCAGGGACGGGAAAUUAUUAUUGCCAAAAUAUGGUAUAUUGAAAAGCCUAGUUUCGAUUUACUUUAAACAAAGGUUUGAAGAACAUAAACCUAGAUUUGAUAUGUUGUUUCAGCCUGUUGCAGUGACAUAUGAACGUGUUUAUGAGAAUGAUGAGUUUUUAAAAGAAUUGAAGGGUGACGACAAGACUCAAGAGAGUUUGCUUGGUAUCUUGUCAGUUGCUGGAAGUGCUUUCAGUAAUAAAAAGGAUGAAAUUAUACGUGAUAAACAAGGAUUCACGGAUAAUAGUACUAGGAAAUUGACUGGUAAAAUUUUUGUUAAAUUGGGUGAGAGUUUUACUUUGAGCGAGUUUAUUGAUGACUCUAGCUUAACUGAUGAAAAACAGGUUAAUUUGAAAAAAUUGGGAUUCAAAAUAUUGCAUGAAAUCAACAAGAACUCAUACGUCCCCAAGGUUUCAAUAAUUGGUACUGCAUUGCAAGCAUAUGACUAUUUUGCUCAAAAGAGUAUAUUUCCGGUGAAGGAUUUAAUCCCAGUACUUCGUCUUGUCGUUGAAGCGUUGUUGAGAGAAAACGAAUUUUCAACAACGAAUAAAACUAUUCUAAUAGAUAUGUUGAAUUGUUCAAAUAGAGAAUUGGAGGACCUAGUCAUUGAUGAAGUCUCGUCAUUUUUCAGAUUCAUCAAGGCGAAUGAUGAGAAAAGGUUGAUUAAGAUUGAAUCACCGAUUGAGUUGCUAUACUAUAAGAAUUUAACCAUACAUUUGAUUAUCCAAAGGUGUCUCGUUAUGUAUAUCGUUUCUUUGUUGGAUGGUACCGAGUACUGUAACAGAAGAAUCAUUGGAAAACUAUUCUAUAUCCUCACAGGCUUUCUCAAGAAUGAAUUUUUGUUUGACUAUGAUGAGAAUGAAAGAAAUGGCAUGACCUUUAUAAUUCAAGAUUUAACAGAUAUGGAGAUAAUCGCAAAGGAACAUUCAGAUGUGUCUGAGUUGUCUGUUUACAAAAUUAUUGACCAUCAAUAUGUCAAGAUUUUUGCCAAUUUGGCCCAACCAUUUUUGGAAUCCUAUGUUGUUCUUAUAUCCAACAUUUUGGAGUUGACAACAGACUUGGCAUCAAAGUAUGCUCGGGCAAAACAACAACAAACCCACAGCAAGAUAAUCUUGGACGAUGAUGAGUUGAAGUAUCCAACGACAAAGGGUCUUUUGAAUUAUAUCAUUGUUCAACUGCGAAGAAAAGCUCAAUUCAAAUCCCUAGAAUCAAUAAAUAAACAGUACUUGGUAUCUGAUUUGUACUAUUUGAACAACUUGCAGUUGAUAAAAAUCUUUAAGAACAAAGCAAAGACUAAAGCAUUUGUUCAAAUAAAAUGCCCUCGGGAUUUACAAGUUUUGAAUAGGUUUUUGAAUCAAUUGUUACAGACGAAUACGAAGGAGAAGAACUUGUUGACUGAUGAAAUUGAGGUUAAUUAUGUCAUUGAUAUUACUAAUAAGAACUUUGAUAGGGAUUAUGAUGAGUUGGAGAGACAAAAUAGAGCAAAUGACAAUUAUUAUGAAAAACAAUAUGAUGAAUUGAGUGUUAAACCCAGGGCUAGUAAACUUUAG